AUGGACAUUCCAACACCCUUCAGCCAAUUCUGUUUCUUCAAGAGUCUGUCAUUCUCUCUCCACGAGUACGACUGGUACAACUUUGUCGAGCAGUGGCAGUCCAUGGUCAACGUCAACGCCCCCCUGCCCGAGUUCACCUAUAACCUCGUCCCUUUCUUCUCCAACGCACGACGUCUUGUCCCCGUAUUUCAUCGUUACAUGGGCAUCGUUCGUCACCAACCGGAUUUCCUCAACACGCUGACGACAGUCUUGAUGUCGACGCCCUUGCUUAUCAAGGUCCAGGCGCUUCUUCGAUCUCCGACACUCUUUUCAAACUACGUGGUGGCGUUGCAGAUGGACAACCCUUCCGCCUCUCACACCCAGGUGAUGCAGUCCCUCCAAGCCUUCCUCAACCAACUACCUGCCACAACCCGCCUUGAAAUUCAGCGUGUCUUUGCAGAGGCGGAGGCGUCAGACUCGAUGGGCCUGUCCAGCUCAACUUUGGAGAUUGCUUACAAUGUGCUGCACUCGGACACUCAGCUCUACAUUGACGUUUUGACGACGCUCCAACUCAACCAGACACGGAAUAUGCCUUGGGACACCGUGGUUUCAAAGAUCAAAACGAUUGUCAAUGCUAAGAAACCCUACGCCUGGACAUCCAUGGACCAGUUCCUCAAACACCUUCACUGGGGCCACUACAACGAGCAGUACAACUAUCCCAACAGCACAGAGGAGUAUGGUGGCGAGUACGACCAAGGAGAGUACUAUGAGAGCGACGAUAUUGUCGAGAAGGUCGAGGGCGUUGAUUACAUCCCGGACGAACAGGACGAACAGGAGCUCCGCGCCUUUGCCCAGUUGUCAUUGUCAACCUCAUCGAGCAACUUUAACGAACACGGAGCUGCCAUCAACAACAGCAACGGCACCAGGGGAGUUUCUCCUGGUCUGGGAGUGCUAGAAGAUUUCGCCAAGUUGAGCGUUUCCGACAAACGGCGCGCCGUCGAGUCGUGCUAA